UUCUUCUUCUUCUUCUUCUUCUUCUUCUUCUUCUUCUUUAACAAUGUGUUGUUUUUGUAAUUGACUACUGGUAGCACAGAUAUAUGCUAGCAACGUUGUAGUUAUUGUGAGCAGGUAAAAUGCAGAUACAACGCUGGCAGUGGUAACGUUUUGUUUUGGCUCCCAUCCACUAGGUGGCUUACCUAACGUUAGCUAUUCAAGUAUCCCGACCAAAAUGCGCCGCCCUGUCACCGAGCAGCAGGCAACGAGCGGGAGGGAGUUUAGAAAGUAUUGGAGCUAAUCCUCAGUCAAAAUGAGUUCGUUCGCGGGUCGCAUGAAGGAGUAUCCCAACAUGUCGCUGGACCGGUUUGACAAAGAGAAUCUACAUGCAAGGGCUUACUUUUUAUCUCACUGUCAUAAAGAUCACAUGAAGGGACUGAAGGGGCCUCUAUUGAAAAGAAAGUUGAAAUUCAGUCUGACAGUCAAACUGUACUGUUCAUUUGUAACUAAGGAACUGUUGCUGAGCAAUCCAAAAUAUGCCUUCUGGGAAGAUCACAUAGUUGCUUUGGAGCUGGAGAGUCCCACACUAAUCACUUUAAUAGACGAGGCUUCAGGAGAGAGAGAAGACCUUGUGGUGACUCUGCUUCCUGCAGGUCACUGUCCAGGCUCGGUCAUGUUCUUGGUAGAGGGGGCCCAAGGUACGGUGUUGUACACAGGAGACUUCCGACUGGCGAAGGGAGACUCCUCCCGCAUAGAACUCCUCCACUCUGGGAGCAGGGUGAAAGACAUCAAGAGUGUGUAUCUGGACUCCACCUUUUACGACCCUCGCUUUUACCAGAUCCCCAGCAGGGAGACCUGUCUACAUGCUAUCCGGGGGCUGGUACAGGACUGGAUCAGUAGGAGUGUGUACCAUACAGUGUGGCUGAACUGUAAAGCUGCCUACGGAUAUGAAUACCUCUUCACUAACCUGGGGAACGAGUUCCACACACAGAUUCAUGUCAAGAGCCUGGACAUGUUUAAGAAGAUGCCAGAGAUUCUGAGUCAUGUGACCACGGAUCGAGCCACUCAGAUCCAUGCCUGCCGUCACCCCAAGGAGGAGGAGUUUGUAACCAAUAGGAGACUGCCGUGUGGCUCCUCUGCAUCAGAUGGAACUCCUCUGAAGAUCAUCAGUAUCAAACCCUCCACCAUGUGGUUUGGAGAGAGAACACAGAGGACCGAGGUUAUCGUCAGGACAGGCGCCAGUUCCUACAGAGCCUGCUUUUCCUUCCACUCAUCCUACUCAGAGAUCAAAGACUUCCUGUCUUAUCUCCAGCCAAUCAACAUCUACCCCAGUGUCAUUCCUAUUGGCCGAACUCACGCUGAUGUCACAGAGCUACCUCUGGGAACACUGAAACGCACCAGACCAGAGCAGCACACCCACGAUGUGGACCGUGCUGAUUGGCUGUUUGAGGGGGCGGACCUGGCCCCUGUCAGGAAGAGGGUGAUGAUGCAGGAGGCCACACCCACAACGCUCCCUGACCCUCCCGACGAACCUCUACCCCUAACACACACACCUCUCAUCACAGGAGACUACAUGGACUGUACCGAAUCUAAUGAUGAUGAUGAUGAUGAGGAGAGAGACCUGGAGGAGAGAGACGAGGGGUCUGUAUCUAAUUCUGGCACGCCUCCUCGCUGGGAGGAGUUUUUCACCACGGAGAUACUGACGGACAGCCAGACCAGCCAACCAAACUCCUGCUCUCACACAAGCCCCUCCCACUCCACACUCACAGGCUCCCAGACCCCAGAGCUGUUUGUUGAUGACUUCGCCAAACUCCCCUCGCCGUUACUUCCUCUCUCGGCUGGGCGAGGUCCGAGUCAGGCUGACAGCAUGCUCAUCCAAUCAGAAGACCGGUGUCAGGGAGAUGCAUUGACCAAUCUAGAUGCUGGGGGGGAGGAGAGUGGCAGCCACACUCACCAAUCAGAGCCAACGGAGUCUCAGGUGUCAUCGGACUUUGACAUCCCGUCUACGCCGGAUUCACACACACCUGGACCAGACGACCUCAGCGAUCUGUACAGGAGACUGGCCGCUGGAGAGGAAUUGGUCAUCAGGACAGGAAGUCAGUCCCUCUGACCAUGUCUAACUCUUUGUAUAUAGGACAGGAAGUCAGUCCCUCUGACCAUGUCUAACUCUUUGUAUAUAGGACAGGAAGUCAGUCCCUCUGACCAUGUCUAACUCUUUGUAUAUAGGACAGGAAGUCAGUCCCUCUGACCAUGUCUAACUCUUUGUAUAUAGACAGAGGGAAGAGAAAGCAAGACAUUCCACCCACUAGUUUCUUGAUUCACAUCAAUGAGCUGAGCAGACUAAACCCAGCUGCUAAUGCAUUAUGGGAGAGCAGUCACCUGAAGCAGACUAAACCCAGCUGCUAAUGCAUUAUGGGAGAGCAGUCACCUGAAGCAGACUAAACCCAGCUGCUAAUGCAUUAUGGGAGAGCAGUCACCUGAAGCAGACUAAACCCAGCUGCUAAUGCAUUAUGGGAGAGCAGUCACCUGAAGCAGACCAAACCCAGCUGCUAAUGCAUUAUGGGAGAGCAAUCACCUGAAGCAGACCAAACCCAGCUGCUAAUGCAUUAUGGGAGAGCAGUCACCUGAAGCAGACCAAACCCAGCUGCCUAUGGGAGAGCAGUCACCUGAAGCAGACCAAACCCAGCUGCUAAUGCAUUAUGGGAGAGCAGUCACCUGAAGCAGACCAAACCCAGCUGCUAAUGCAUUAUGGGAGAGCAGUCACCUGAAGCAGACCAAACCCAGCUGCUAAUGCAUUAUGGGAGAGCAGUCACCUGAAGCAGACCAAACCCAGCUGCCUAUGGGAGAGCAGUCACCUGAAGCAGACCAAACCCAGCUGCUAAUGCAUUAUGGGAGAGCAGUCACCUGAAGCAGACCAAACCCAGCUGCUAAUGCAUUAUGGGAGAGCAGUCACCUGAAGCAGACCAAACCCAGCUGCUAAUGCAUUAUGGGAGAGCAGUCACCUGAAGCAGACCAAACCCAGCUGCUAAUGCAUUAUGGGAGAGCAGUCACCUGAAGCAGACCAAACCCAGCUGCCUAUGGGAGAGCAGUCACCUGAAGCAGACCAAACCCAGCUGCUAAUGCAUUAUGGGAGAGCAGUCACCUGAAGCAGACCAAACCCAGCUGCUAAUGCAUUAUGGGAGAGCAGUCACCUGAAGCAGACCAGAACUUUGUGGCCAUGAUAUACAGUAGCUUAGUCAUUUCCGAACCCGGAGCACCCAAUGCUCAGAUCAUUCCAUCCAGGUGACUACUUUAAAAUGGUGGUAGCCCUCAAUGUCCAGGUUAUAUGUAAGAGGAGUCCAUCUCUGUUAUAGUUUCAAUGGAUUAUUGUCAAGAACCCACAAUGUCUUUCUCACCCGAAAACAGUUGUCUUGAUGAAUGCAUAUAUACGAUUUCCUGUGUGGCGCCGUAGCGUAGUCUACACAGACCUUACCCAUGCUCUACUUACAGAGACACUAUAGCUAUGCCCUACAUGCACACCUGGCCUAUCAGGGCUAAGAGAAACCACAGCUACUCCCCUCGAACACCCUGUGAAAUGUUCAGUAGGAACACAGUAACAUCUUCCACCCGGAACUGGAGUCUGCUCCUGAGAGACCACACAAAGACUACCGCAGUUCUGAACUGUAGAGAAUAAAGUCUGACCUGUAGAGAAUAAAGUCUGACCUGUAGAGAAUAAAGUCUGAACUGUAGAGAAUAAAGUCUGAACUGUAGAGAAUAAAGUCUGACCUGUAGAGAAUAAAGUCUGACCUGUAGAGAAUAAAGUCUGACCUGUAGAGAAUAAAGUCUGUUGUAAACUGUAGAGAAUAAAGGAACUAAGUUCAACCAUAA